AUGGGGAAGGAGAAGAUGUCUGACUAUCUCACAAUAGCAGAUCUAAAGAAAUUAUACCUCGUCACGUUUGAUGCUCGAAUUAAGUGGCGAAACAUCUUGCUUAUUCUUGAUGUACCCCAGGCUACAAUCGACAGCAUUGGGAAAGAAUGGAGCAACAAUCCUGAUGACUGCUAUCGUGAGGGUUUGAAGGAAUGGAUUAAUGAAGGAGAGAAAAGCUGGACAGAUAUGGUGGAAGCUUUAUCAAGUCCUAUCGUGGGUGAUGUUCACAUAGCCAGGACCAUCGAGAAAGAUCAUCUACAGUCUACUAGUGGCACUGAUGUGAAGUCAGAGGAUCACCAGAAGAUCAACGACGAUUUAACCGUUUUCCUAGACGAGCGUCUCGGUAAAGGUGCAUUUGGAGCAGUCUUCAAAGGCAGCUACAAGGGCAAGAUAUGUGCAGUCAAAGUGCUGCUUCACGAUGCUAUGGAGAUGCAGGCAAGUAUUCCAGUUGGCAAAAACAAAGAAGCUAGCGAUGCAAUUGAUCGUGAGAGUCAUUUCCUCAAGUCGUUCCAGCACCCAAACGUUGUUCAGUUUCUGUCGACUACCAAGCACCCCAAAUCAGGCAGUACAAUUCUCGUUGUUGAGCUGAUGGAUUGCAAUCUGAGAUCCUACUUCUCCGGCCUUGAUGAAGAGUCCCUCACCAGCGAAUGUGAAAUUAGCCUCUCCAAAGACAUGGCUUGUGGUCUGGCCUACAUUCACAGCAUGCAGAUUAUCCACCGUGACCUCUGUGGCGAUAACGUCUUACUGAAGCUUACACGACCAGUGCCUGUUGCAAAGAUUUCCGAUUUUGGCAUGUCACGGCUAUAUGAUUCCUCCAAGCUUAGCCAAACCCUCACGGCCGUUGGUCACCGUAUAGGGUAUCUACCUCUCGAGGCUAUUCGAUUGGAAGAGGAGAAAUACGAUAGUAGGCUGGAUGUGUUUUCCCUUGGGGCGAUUAUGGUGCAGAUUGUUUGCAAGUUGGAGACGAUCAAAUCAGCCAAGGAUCGAUCAUUCCAUUUUUCCCAAAUCCCUCACACACACAGGUUGAGGAAGCUUAUAGACAGUUGUUUGAAAGAGGACAAGAGGAGGAGACCAUAUGCCAGGGACAUCUGUGAGUCAAUUAAAAUGUAUGCUUCCAAAAAAAUAAAUUACAUUUAAAUUGUAUUUUAGAUUCUUACAUU